AUGGCCACCCCUUGGGCUGUCCGCUGCGACCCGCAAGCUGGCAAAAGGCCACGAGUGCGCCGUCCGUUUGCGGGUGAGGUGGCCUGGAUCCGGGUGGCCUGGGUCGGGUCUCCAGCAGAACUGCUGUGGCGGGCAUCGAGGGCCGCGAGCCUGAGCCUCUGCCGCAGCCUGCAUCCGCUUUACAUGGUUUCCGGCCUGCUUCAUUACAUUAUUACCCGGCUGUAG